AUCAAGGUUCACGAGUAUUUAAAUCACGACAGCCCUUUCUACAAAUUGCUCUAUUCCUCCGAGAAACACGGCAAAACGGCAAGUCACCGGCAAUAUCGGCUUGUCUACCAGAGAUCUUUUGCUUGAGAGGUUGCGUAUUUGAAAAAGUCUAAUUGUUAAGCAGGAUGGGCUAUAUAUACUUCGAACCCCUCGGCUGCAAUGCUGUAUUUCGCAUUCCCGCCAUUCAUUGAUUAAGCUUAGGUUCCUUCAUUCGCUUAUCUUUAUUCUUUUGGACUUUGUCAAGAUUGCGAUAAUGUCUGGACCUACCAACUUUGACCCUGAGAGGGUUAACCUCACUGAGUUCCAGUCCGUCACUGAUCAGGGUCUCAUCACCUGCUUCCUGACGACGGCUGGAAACCAAUACGAUGGCCCUCUGGGUAUCAGAAUUGGCUCACUAUUCGUCAUUCUCGUCGUCUCAACCGCAGUCACUUUCUUCCCAGUCGUGGCGACGCGAAUCCCUCGGCUCAAGAUCCCGCUCUACGUCUACCUCUUUGCGCGAUACUUCGGCUCCGGUGUCAUCAUUGCAACUGCAUUUGUCCACCUGCUCGAUCCUGCUUAUUCAGAGAUCGGACCAGCAUCUUGUGUUGGUAUGACUGGUGGUUGGUCGACGUACUCUUGGCCACCGGCUAUUGCUCUCUCAGCGGCGAUGUUCACUUUCUUGUUCGACUUUUCUGCCGAUUACUACGUCCAAUCUCGCUAUGGGCUCCAGCAUAAUGAUACUGGUGUCGAGGAAACUAUUACUACCUCCGGCGCAGAUGGACACCAGCACCACUCUGACGACGGCUCGAACUCGAGAAGGCUCGUGAUCAAUGGCGAGCACGAUACAGAAGCGGCUACGUCAGAGAAGCUUCGUGGUGGCUAUGCAGAUUUCAAGGAGCUCCAACACCUUGAUGGCGAUUCUGAAGAAACCGAGCUUGCCUUCAAGACACAAAUCGCAGCCUUCCUCAUUCUCGAAUUCGGUGUCUUAUUUCACAGUGUCUUCAUCGGUCUGAACUUGGGUGUCGCGGAUACAUCCGACUUCGACACCUUGUUCCCUGUCCUUGUUUUCCACCAAUCCUUCGAAGGCCUUGGUAUCGGCGCCAGACUUAGUGCCAUCCCUUUCCCCAACCGACUUCGCAGUAUGCCCUGGCUCCUCUGUCUCGCUUACGGUCUGACAACACCUAUUGCCAUUGCAAUUGGUCUCGGUAUCCGAAAGACGUACGAUAACUCAUCCUUCACUGCAAACACGGUCAACGGUAUCUUUGACUCUAUUUCUGCUGGCAUUCUCAUUUAUACUGGAUUUGUGGAGAUGAUUGCUAGGGACUUUCUCUUCAAUCGUGAGAGAACGAACGACAAGGUCAGGCUGGGAUUUAUGAUCGUCUGCCUCUUCCUGGGUGCUGGAAUUAUGGCUCUGGUUGGAAAGUGGGCUUAGUCUUUGACAACCACUCUUUAUUCGAUGGAAGUGAAACUUAGAAUAAUGGCCAUGUGUGUUCUCUAGAAUCUCUAUUUAAUCUACCUCAAUAAGCACUUUCAGAGCGUUAUGCUUUGAUGCCUCGCCAAAUGUCUUGUAAGCAUUCUCAACAUCGCUCAGCUUGAAAUCUAAACGGGAACCGUCAGUACGGAUGCUUCAGACUUAAGCUAGAGAACUUACUAUGAGUGAUCAGCUGCGAGGGUUGCAGUUUGCCAGAUUGCACUAGCUUGAGAAGCAUGGGGGUAGUAACAGUAUCCACAAGCUGAGUAGUGAUCGCUGAGACACUUGCAUUAGUGCCCUUUCAAACGGUAGAUCGGACAGCCAAGCCACUUACAGAUGUUCUUGAUCCAUAGGUCCUGAAGGUGGAGGUCCACUUUGGUACCAUGCACACCAACGUUUGCCAACACGCCCCCAACGGCGAUGAGCUUUUGACAGAGCUCAAAAGUAGCGGGGAUACCAACAGCCUCAAUGACGGUAUCGCAACCUUUCCCAUCUGUCAAUUUCAUCACUUGGGCAACAGCGUCUUGACCGCUGACGACCGAAUCAGUUGCGCCGAGCUUCUUGGCAACAUCAAGUCUGGCAUUGUCCAUAUCGACCGCAAUGAUCUUGGAUGGUGAGUAUAGCUGGGCAGUGACAAUAGCAGCCAAGCCAACCGGUCCAGCGCCGACAACUACUACAGUCCCUCCAGGUUGGACUUUGCCACUGAGAACACCAACUUCAAGACCAGUUGGGAAAAUGUCGCUGACCAUCACCAAAGCAGCCUCAUCUGCCCCAUCGGGAAUAGGGUGGAGACUCGAGUCAGCAUGGGGAAUGCGGACAUAUUCAGCUUGAGUUCCAUCGAUGGUGUUGCCAAGAAUCCAACCUCCAGAAGUACAAUGGCUAUACAUUCCCCUGCGGCAGUACUCGCAGGUCGCGCAGCUUGAGAUGCAAGAAAUUAGAACUCUAUCACCCUCUUUGAAGCGUGCGACAGAUGCACCUGCGGAAUGGACGAUGCCCACGCCUUCGUGGCCUAGAACUCUUCCUGGCUCGCAGGUAGCGACAUCUCCUUUUCGGAUGUGCAGAUCAGUUCCGCAGAUGGUGGUCUUGGUGACUUUGAUGAUUGCAUCUGUUGGUGAAGCGAUCUUGGGGAGAGGACGAUCUUGGAGGGUAACGGAGCCAUUACCGGCGUAGACGAGGGCCUUCAUUCUCGAUAUUUGAGUAUAGAUAUGGAACAAUGGUGUUUUGAGAGGUCAAUUAAUGGUUUUAGAAGAGGAAUGAGAUGUCCUUGACAUCACCUUUUAUACAGCUUCUAACGGAUCGGCAGUGGUCUGACUUCACGGAUCAGGCCAUUCAUCAGGCCGCUCUAAACGUGCGGGGUAGCGGCCGCAAAAGUCCGGGGUAACCGGGCGCGGAACCGCAUAACGCAUGAACAUGUUUCACUCUCACCAAUGACAAUCAAUCGGUUGAGGAUUCAAUGCCUCUUGGAAGUAACCGUAGCAAUGCAUUUCAGCCCAAGGGGAUAGGGUCCUGUAAGCUAGCAUUCUCUACCCAAUCGGAUGACUCGAGGCAGAAAGUUCCAGUCGGAAGAAAUAUUGCCUACCGGAUGCAAGCCGCGUUUCAGGGAUUUUAUACGAGUAUGUCGGCAGAUGGAGAUGUCACCAACUCGAACAGGGUCUAUCCCUAUGUAUCUUGCUCAACAGAAUGUUGAGAACACCGGGUUUCAGCUGAUCUUUUUUCUCCAAUUCUGAAACUCAACAAACAGGCCUCGUUUUUCACAUGUGCCAAAAUGAAUUCCUCUACCCAUUUUGGUGUAUAUUAUCUUCCCAUUAGCACUCACAAUACGGCUGUAUUUGUCCAAAAAGCUUUCAGUUCUUGGGAGCCAGUGUCCUGUUGCAGAAACCAAUCUAGAUCGGACCUGUAACAAUUGAGGAGAAUUGCAGAUCUUGCAUUGGCUUGUAACCACUAGAUCAAUCUGAAGGUUACAGGUUCGCCCUUGAAUAUCUCAUCAACCCACUCUCUGGCCCCCUCCUUACCGGCAUCCUCCCAAAUUCCACCUGAGGUGUCAGACGCCUCGCUCGGACUAAACGCCCAACCACCACUACCCCACGAGCGACGCCACUUUGAGAUGCUAUGCCCGUGGACAUAUCCGACUCUUCGAAAUUGCUGCUCCGUUGGAUCGUUUCGGUUGAGAUUGAGUAAUAGGCCAAAUGGCCCUCCAUCAUCUGCCUCAAAUACCAAGAAAUAUCGGGAUACUUUGUUUGACUUGGUUUUACCCCCGCCACAAUCCCAUUCCACUCUUAGGUCGUCAUCGGGGCCCAGAGACACAGUGUCGCUAUAAGGAUCAUCUAGUUUCACAUUGACGAGAUGGCCACGGAUAACCAGCAUCGGAGGUUUCUCCUCGCUGGCUAUGAUGUCCAGAAUCUGCAAAUUCGAGUCACUGGGUGUGAUUCUGUCUGAAUAGUAAAUUGGUCCAGUGACAGAUGCCCACGACCAAGUUGGAGCACCCCCAUCCUUAAUUCUGUGACUAUUACCAUCGCCUGCAUUUUUAUGCCACAAAAGGUCUGCCUUCAUUGUUUGUCGCCAAAGACCAGAAACAUACUCAUCAUUACUUCUGAGCCUUUGAGCAGCGUUAGCCAGGCCUUGAAUUGCGGGGAGUCGAUCACUCGCAAAGGUAAGGUCCAGCUCAGUAUAUGCCGGGACGAUUUCGGAUCUCCAAUUCGCCUCAGCCGAAGAAACAUCGGGAUCUUGAGGAUGAAGAAAAUGCUUCAUCACGCUGGUAGUGCGGAGAGUCCUCAGAGAUGUCGCUGAGCAUUCGCACUCACACACAGAUCUGCAUUCCCAAGCCAUUUCAUUCUGCGAAAAGUGGAGGGUUCGCGGUGACAGUAAGCGUUCCUGGAAAACCCAACCUCUCGUUGAUAGCUUGCUUUGACCUAAGCCACUUCUUCUACUCCAUGAAUGAAACGGAAGUUGCUGGGCUAAGAACCCACGCUCUCGGAUAUGUACGCCACUCGAGCUGGACUGGUCAUUUUUGCAUUGCACAACGAACCUUUGCGGGGCCUUUCGGAAUGGUGGCGACAGGAAGCCGGAUGUACUGUCUGGUGCGGCAUCGGCAAAAAUGGUCACAUGGGCGUUGGCAUAUACCUGAGCCAUCAGCGAGGCUUCGUGCUUCCAGUCCUCUGGAGAAUCCUGAACAAUACAUAAGGAGUCAAUCCAUAUGUAGGGGAUUUCCAAUGCCCGGGCCACGUUCAAAGCAUCUUGAAACGUUUGUGGAAGAUCUUCAGGGAGCGAAACAGUGUACGUUUCUAGAUUGGAUAAAGUGGUCAUUGUAGGCGUUUUCCCUCCCCAGCAGUGGCUCAGAGCCGCAUAGUGGGCUUGCUGAUUGGGCUCAGUAAUUACGAGCCUGGGAGAUACCUUGUCGUUUCCGACCGAUAUAACCCGUGUUGGUAGUGUUGAAAUAGUGGUCUUGGUACAGUUGGCGUGUUUUCCUCCGGCGUGGCCACAUGCGUCAAGCCAUUCGCGCGCCAAAGAUACACAACUUGGAGCUAACCCGUAUUCUGGUAUAUGAUAGCCCCGACCGAUCAAGUCCCAGGGUAGAGAGACGUCAUCUGUAUCCAGUGAGAUGCGGUGUUACUCAUGCAAGAAUCUACAUAGCCUACCAUCAGUUGUAUAUAGCUGAAACGUCUUUUCGCUAACAGAAUGUGCAACGGGAUCAGGGUAAAGGUGGACAACCAUGGGCCCUGGAUGCUUUGGUGGCUUGCUUUCAACAAGUACUGAUUCAUAUAGAACAUCUGGCAUAGUUGUUUCUUCUUUCACAGCAGUGCUAAUUGCCUCCCAUAGAAGAGCACAAGUGUGACAUGGAGUAGCGUUGGAUGAUUUCUUGAGCUCAGCUAUAGAUAUAGUCAAACCUCGAAUUGCUGUAUCAUAUUCCAGGACCAGUAAAUGGCAGACUGGGCAAGCAGGUUCUGUUGGCUGACAUGGCGUGGCUUCCACCGGUUUUGUGAGCCCGGAGAACAUUAUCUGGCUAGGGAGUGACUACUAUAUGGGGUAUCAUGAGAUACGUCAGAGGGAUGCGGCAAAGUAUCACGCAUAUAAUAGAGUUUGAGGCGGUUGUUCCGGCGAUCUUAUAGCAGUGUUCUGUCUAUAGUCCUGGAACAUCAUUUAAAAUGGUCAGCAGAGUUUGAGGGGCGGGGUAGUCAGCCAAUUCAUGGUUUAGGAAGGCGGUCGAGACUGGCAGCAGGGUACAAGACUUCCAAGCCUAUCGAAAUACUGGAGUAGUGAUUUCCACAAAUCAAUGUGACAGACAGGAGAUCUACUACAGGUAGUGUAGAUUGAACUAAGGAAAUUAUAUUAAUAUCAUUUCCUCAGGUACAUUACUAUAACUAUGAACUGCAUUAUAAGCUAGAUAGCUUAGCGCAAGUAGCAUAUUAUUUAUAUCUACUAUAAUUAAGC